AUAUCACAGCGCCGCCUGUGCGUAAAGAUGUAAAACUGGGUAAUGUGGUUAUUAGUGCGCCUGGAGUCGGGCGUGGCCGGCUCGUCUGCCGUGGGGGCUGCAGCCGUAGUCUGCUCCGGGGCUGCUUGAUGCUCCAUGAUGGAUGAGGAGUGACAGAUCGGGGUUAGCCGCCAGGGGAGUCCAUUUUCUUCGAGCGCACGGUCCUACUCGAGGAGAAAGCAGAGGAGGACAGACAGCGGCGAGCAGAGGAGGAACGGCCGAGAAACAGAGAGGAACGACCGACUUCCACCCCUCCUCUUUCCCUCUCCGUCACUCCCUCCCUCCUCUCUCUCUCUCUCUCUCUCGCUCCUCUACACUCUCGUACACCACAGCCUAUAGUGGGCUUUACCCGGGACUGCACCGCAUUGACGCUGCUGCUGCUGCCAGCCGACCCAACCCACUGAACUAACACACUCUGUCUCUGGAUGCUGUUACACACAGCUGGAAACUGGAUGCUGUGCGGAGUGUGUGUGUGUGUGUGUGUGUGUGUGUGGAUAUGCAACAAUUCCCUCUCUACCUCUCUCUGCUUCUUCCCCUCUGGAGCCGGACUCUGAUUCGCUGUCCUGCUCGGUAAUGUCAAGACUUUGGGAGCGGGAGUGACUCGGGGAGGAGGAGGAGGAGGAGGAGGAGGAGGCGGUUUGGAGAUUGUUGCAGCUGCAGCGCACCGCGACACACUGGGAUAUAACUUACAAGUCUGCAAAGCUCACGCCACGAAUAUAGGUAUUUAGUUGCAGCCGUGAGCCCCCCCUCCCCUCCCCUCUGAGCUGUUUCCAACAUGGGUGUUGACUGAAUGGAGGAGAGUCCCCGCGCUGCUACAGAGGUAUGAGGAUGCACUUGUGAGGAUUCAAACUCCGCUCCAUCUUUCCUGGACCAUGCAGAUUCUGCCGCCUAGGACGUUAUUUGUGUUACUCGCCCACGCACAUGUGUUAGUAUCUCUGAGAAAUAAUGGAGAGGUGCGAACUGAAGAGGACGGCAACACGAGCGCGUACUCUGCCAGGACUUUCCAUGGGUCACUGCGAGAGAGUCAUCAAAACAAAGCCAGGGACCGCGCGCUCUCGGCGGGAUAUGCCACAGGUGCGUCCUCGGGGGAACUGCAGGCGCAGCGGGCAAUUAGCAGAGGAACCCUUAACUCCACUCACCCCUGGAAGAGGGUCAGUGCGGGAGAAACGAGGCGAAUUGGACACAACAAACACGACUUCAAUAGGACUGUGACACCCGUGGAGGAUCCCAACGCCGUCUCACAUUGGGACCCGACGCGCCACCAUAAUAAGAGGAUAAAGUUGAAUGGCGGUCUUAGUAGUACGAGGACGCCAGCAGGUGGACACUACAAUGCGGCUAAGCCCUCUUCAAUGGGCCAGGGAGAGGGAGGAGGGGGACCCGAGGAGGGGGACAGGCACAAGAGAGGCACAAAGGACGAGCAGAAGAGAGCCUGGAAGAGGGGGAGAACCCGGCUGAACAAAAGCGCAGUGCUUCUGGCGCAACCUCACGCGUCGCCUUGGGAACCCAUCCCCAAGCCGGUGGCCCUCACCUCCACCGACCUGCCCUUUGACCUCUUCACCAGGAGGCCGGAGUUCUUCACUGUCCGAGAGGAGAACCCCUGGGACGCCACGCCGAUCACGCCCCCGAGCUCGCAGGAUUUCGGGGACGAGAUCAAGAACCCCUUCUACCCGGUGACGAGCGAGACCUACGGCGCGUACGCGAUCACGUGCGUGUCCGGGGUCAUUUUCCUCGUGGGGAUAGCGGGCAACAUCGCUAUCCUGUGCAUCGUGUGCCAGAACUACUACAUGAAGAGCAUCUCCAACUCCCUGCUGGCUAACCUGGCUGUCUGGGAUUUUGUGCUCAUCUUCUUCUGCCUGCCCAUGGUGGUGUUCCAUGAACUGACCAAGUCCUGGCUGCUGGGCGAAUUCACCUGCAAAGUGGUGCCCUACGUGGAGGUGGCGUCCUUGGGUGUGACCACGUUUACCCUGUGCGCUCUGUGCAUCGACCGCUUCCGUGCGGCCACCAACGUCCAGAUGUACUACGAGAUGAUCGAGAACUGCACAUCUACAACUGCCAAGCUGGCUGUGAUCUGGAUUGGCGCCCUCCUCUUGGCCCUCCCGGAGCUCCUCAUUCGACAGCUGGUGGCAGAGGACACGGGGAUCCCAGACGAGCCUCCUGUCGAGCGCUGCAUCAUCAAGAUAUCCACCUCGCUUCCCGACAUGCUCUACGUGCUGGGUCUGACCUACGAGGGCGCUCGGCUGUGGUGGUGCUUCGGCUGCUACUUUUGCUUGCCCACCCUCUUCACCAUUGGGUGCUCGUUGGUGACAGCGCGCAAGAUCCGGCGCGCGGAGCAGGCCAGCGUGCGCAGCAACAAGAAGCAGAUCCGCCUGGAGAGCCAGAUGAACUGCACCGUGGUGGCGCUGGCAAUCGUCUACGGUGCGUGCGUGGUGCCUGAGAACAUCUGCAACAUAGUGUCUGCGUACAUGGCGGCCGGCGUCCCUGAGCACACCAUGUCCGUCCUCCACCUUCUCUCCCAGCUGCUGCUCUUCUGCCGGGCCGCCGUGACGCCGGCGCUGCUGCUCCUCCUGUGUCGCCCGCUGGGCAGGGCCUUCAUAGACUGCUGCUGUUGCUGCUGCUGCUGUAACCACGCGCCCUCCUCGGCUACGGCCAGUGACGAUAACGAGCACGAGUGCACCACCGAGCUGGAGCUGUCGCCGUUCAGCACCAUCCGCAGGGAGCUGAGUAACUACACGCCGGCUGGCUCCAACUGCUAAACUGACAUUCCUCAUCAGGGAUGGAGAGUUCUCUAGCCUGCUAUCUGCCUGUGGCUAGCAGUUCUUAGGCCUGGCUGGGAGCGAUCUGCCUUACCUAGUCUGGUCACGUUUUUAAAUGGGUGCAUGGAGGAAGUGGGACACUGAAUAAUCACACUCAGCCAGUGUCCUAUGUCCUUACAAUAAAACUGUACAUCUACAGUAACUGUAUAACCCAUAUUUCCCAGGAAAGCUAACAAAAAGCAACAUCUCACUCAUGCCCUGGGGUGCUCUUAUAACAGGGUCAGUACAUAUUUUUAGCAAUCCUGCCUGAAACCUUACAAUCCUCCCUGCUGUACCUUGUAUGCCUAAAUACCUUUGGACAGUUGGGACGGUCUCUUAACCUGUCUGAUGUCUGCUUCCUCUCGAGGUUCGAAUCAAGUUAAUUUCAUUUAAUUAACCUGAUUCUGAGGAAGAAGAAAAAACAGUCGGCCUCAUUACUGACAGGUAAAGGUGAUAAUAUUUAUACUGUACAAUCUACAAAUGAUUGUACUGAAUAUGUCACAUUAAAGUUCUGUUAAAAUUAACAAAACAGUUUGUGAAGAUUAACGUGUUUGGCCACCACAAAUAAUAUUUAUGAAUGGGAAACUCUGUACCACAAAUCUUAGGGGAGACAGAAUCAAUUCCAAUCACCUUCCAAAUGUGUCACUGGUGAAUUACUAAGCUAAUUAAUCAGAGAACAGCCUUGUACAAUAAUUUAAACCUCAGCAUCCACCAGGCUGACACUGCCUAUACAUGUACAGGACUCGGUUUACAGACCACAGCAGCUGCAGCUGUACAGUUCCUAUAACGGUGCACGCAUGGGAACGAGGCUUCUGAUAAUUAAACUAGCGCUGGGCGUCUCUGCAGUAAUGGCAGUUUGCAAGAGGAAAACACAAAGACAACACUGUAUGUUGCACUGGAGAAUCCAAAUGUACACAACACUCACACUGUAUAUUGAAAAAUAUCCAGCUGACUCAACACAACUGGGCUGGUCUCAGAGAACAACAACAUGGACUUGAGUGGAAUGAAUUGGUUUGGAAUGGACUCAUUGAAAUUACAUUAGAGUUGAAUGAGUCAGAUGAAACACUACAGAUUAAAUUGAAUGAAUAUGAAUUGAGUGGAAAGUAAUGGAACAUAACACUGUAGGAUGGACUCUGGACUGAAGAUGAAUAUGUGCACUACACUGUUGUAUCAUGUUACGCCUUACACUUUGGGCUGUAUAUAUACUGUACUUUCUUUGGUGCUCUUAUGAUGAAUGCGCUGUAAACAACAAAUCCAUUGGUUCGACUUGGAAUCACAGGUAAUUGAGUUGUGAGCUGUGUUUUUCUGGUCAAGAAGACAGAUCACUGUUACCUGAGACACAGAUAGUUCAAAGAGCUCUGCUGCAUCUUUGAGUAUAAAUACUGCUUUUAUGAUGAGCGACGGCCGUUUGAUAGCAACACUACGAGUACGUGGCACUUUAUUUUACAGUGCAGUAGGUACUUAGUGCUUAACAGACCACUGGUAAAUACUGAUAAAUAAAAUGUAAUUGACAGUGUAGAGUUAUAUUUCAGUAGAUGCAAUAAUUAACUAGUUUCUACAUAUUUUAUUCAAUUGGUACAGAAAUAUAAUUUGUGUCGGUUCUGUUCUGUAACAGUAGAUCAGUCAGUUACUGGAUAAUUACGCCAUAUUAUUAACUUAUUACAAAAAAGUGCCAAUAUUGCAUAAAAAUGCUGUAAAUACUAGUGACUCCUGGGCUGUAAAUAUAAGUGGAAUUAUAUAUUUGUACCAAUAAUCACUGAAGUCCAUAGUAAACUGUCAUUUUUGGUCUUUCUUUAUGAUUCCUGAACUGUAAAACAAAGUGCUACCACAACUAUACAAAUCAAAUCAAAGGCAAGGCCACAACAGGACACUGCUGAAGUUAGCUAGCUAGCUACAGCUAAGAAAGUCCUCCAGCGACAAACGUGACUGCAGCAGAUGUAGAAAUAAGAGGCUGCCUUUGUCGGCUCAUGUCUGAGAUGAAGGAUCCUCUGCGUCAGCAAACAUUUUUACAGUGUAAAAUUCUUGACCUCUAAAUCCCUUUGCAGUUUCAUUACUUGGGUUUUUAAGGAGAACCAGUGUAAUGUUUUUCAGUGUAUAAAUUUACACGUGUAUUGUACUGUAAAUCUGUUUUCUUAAUCCUACUUAUCAGACCUGGGUCAGAACAAGGUUCAAACCACCACGUCACCUCUCACCCUGCAGGUAACUGAGGUCACAUUGAAAACGGAGCAGCCCCAACAUCUGCUACCAUCAGGGACAUAUGAAGAGGAGUGUUUAACAUUCAGAUUACGUGGUGGUGAACUCUGUGAUGACCCAGGUGUGAUGUUCAUUGUUAUACUGUAUAUUGCGAUGAAUCUUUUCCGUACGAUUCUGCACUGCCAAACACCUUCUCUCUGUCUGUCUCUUGUGCUCUUGUGGUAGUAGCACACUAUCUCUGGGUGUCUCUGAGCGCGGAGGUCAGUUUACCCUCGGCUCCAUCAGUACAGGAGCAAUAUGACUACAAAGCAUGAAGCAUACGGAGUUUGACAGCACCCUAAAUAUACGCGUUCAGUAUAGUGAGAAACUGUGGGUAAAGGCUCGAGGCAGCAGCCUGUUGGCUCUAAUGAACUCCAGUUUAUGAGCUCCAAGAGAUCCAGCUGGACGUAGCCUCUGGUUGGCGCUGCCUGCAGUUCUUCAUGUUAAUGGAGGAAACGGGCGAGAGCACAGCAGCUCUGCAACACAACACCCCGCCGCCUGUUCGACAACUCUUUUUAUUACCAUCACUAUCAGGGCGGUGUGGGCCAACAUGUAAACCUGUCCAGGGAUUUCAGUCGAUAUGGCCUCACACAAGCCGAGUUCUCCCCCAUUAAAUCUCUUUUUUGAUGGGACUCGUGUGUAAACUGACCUCCUGAACCUAAUUAUCUUUCUUCUGCAUAUAUCUGGGAGUAUAGCUCAUUCUAAAUGGCUCAGUGUGUAGUGACGUGGUUCAAACUAUUGAUGAAGUGAUUCUUGUAAAUCAGUCAGUGAGACGUUUAUUCUGAACUUUGUGAGUAUCCUCUUCACUCUGAGCAAAAUGUGUCUGUAUUUGAUACCUGAAAAUGUUAAGCACACGGCCACUAUUGUCUAGUCUAGUCACUGGUUUCUAAAUAGCUUUUUAUAUAGCCAAAAAACUGUCCCUUUGUUUAUCAAAGAACUUUAUCUUGAAAACUGUAUAUUAAAAUCCUAAAUGUACUGUUA